AAACCGGUCUCGAAUUGCCCGAGCCCCCACGAAAAAUCACAGCAAAACAUUAAAACGCAUGGUGGAAACGUCAAACAACAACGAUGUUUUCGUGACAACGCGAAACGCAAAACGUACUCAAUUCGGUUUUCUUUGCGCAUAAACGGUGUCCACGUUGUCAGCAAAAACCCCCGAAGCGUGAAUCGAUUUCAUGACGAAUGCUAAUUAUAUAUAGUUUGUGGAAUCGAUGGAAAGUGCGUUCUCAGGACAGAAUCUGCUCUAUUCAUUUCGCCAAAGUCUUAAGCCAACAAAAUUGCCACCCUAGCGUUGAUUUGUACCGCUAAAUCGUUAGCCUUGCGGUUGUGUGUAAACGGUGGAAUAUCUGCUAAACGCAGCAGUCACAUUUUUCACAGACGUGACUUGCGCGAGCAGACGCAGGGCAGUGGCAACCAUGGCAACGCUUUUAAAGGCGUUCGGUAGCUUUUUCACAAAGCAUCCUUUGGCGGGAAAUGGUUUGGUGUAUGGAACGCUUUACGUCGGAGCAGAAUUUUCUCAGCAAACGAUAACGAGAAAAAUUUUGACUAAUCCACCCCAAAGCAUUGACAGGCCCACGCUGGGACGGUAUGCCGUGAUGGGCACGUUUGUUUAUGCUCCGAUACUAUACAAUUGGUUUGUGGAAAUAUCACAAAGCUACAAAAUGAUCACAUCUUCAAAUACACAUUCAUUUUUUUCGCGCCUCCAUUAUUUCUGCACACCAAGAAAGGAAAACGAAACCUUUUGUCUCUCGAAGGUAAUUAAUUGCUGCUGUUGCAGCCUCACCACAUGUGCUACGGUAUUGUAUAGGUGGCUUGAUAAAACUUUCCCUGGGACUGCAAAACGAAUUAUAGUAAAAAAGUUACUGUUGGAUCAAUUUUUAUUGACUCCUCCAUUGUUGGUGAUAUUUUUUACUGGCAUGUCGCUAAUGGAACGACAAUCAUCCAUCACCGAAGAGUGCCGGCAAAAGUUUGUUCCGACGUUUGCCCGAUCCUGUCUCUUUUGGAUUCCAGCUCAAACUCUAAAUUUUGUUCUGGUACCGCCAAAGUUUCGAGUAGUGUACGUGGGCUCAUGUGCCUUCGCUUGGGUUAAUAUACUCUGCUGGGUUAAGCGCCAAAAAAUGACUAGCGAUCUGAAAGUUUAAAAAAUCUCUCAGAGCGUCAUUCAGGAGACUUUCACACGUUUCUCACAACGCUAACACUAAAUCAGGCAAGCUUUAGGCUUAGGUAGGGAACAAAUCAUUUAGCUAGAAAAUAAAUAGAAGUAUAAAAAGUAAUCUACAAAAAUACAAUCAAUAGCACACGCAAACGCAUAAUGACACCAAUGUAGUAGUUAAAAAAAAUAAAACGAAGAAGUAAGCAUAGCUAUUUUUAUUACUGUUAACUUUUUACAACAUUGUUUAGCAUCAACUUCGUUGUUAAUACCGAGC